CUUUGGUGUCAUAGCCAAGAAAUCGUUGCCAAAUUCAAGGUCAUGACUUGGCAUUUUUUUUGUUGUUCUGAAGCUUCAACCUCCUGACCAUUUUCUUGGUUGUUUCUUUCCCUCUUUCUGUAAAGUUAUUAUACCAACAGAUCAAUAACAUAUUUAGACUUAGUAAAUCUUUAUUCAUUCCUCACACAGGGAGCCCGUUCCAGGUAGAGGAGGGCGGAAGCGACAGCAGGUUGGGAAUGGGGCUCGCGGCCCAGCGGGCUGGAGCGAAGGCGCACAAAGGGGUUGGCGGGUGGGGAGUCUGGAGUGCGGACGGGCUGCACUAAGCCGUGCUGAACCUCAUCUGCUCUGGCGAGUGGGGGUAUCGAAGAGACAGUGGUCGCACAGCCAUGGGACCAAGUUGCAGAGCUGUGACCUACUGCUGUCUUGAAUUAGGCACUUAACCUUUCUGAGCCUCAGUUUCCCCAUUUUAUUUACUUGACAAACACUUCUGUGGCACCAGACACGAGUCUAAGUAUAGUAUUAACAGUGGUACAAAAAUGAACACAAUGAUUUCUCCCACAACCCAGGAGGUGGGUACUCUGAGCAGGGCAUCCGGGGAAGCUGAUGCCCAGAGAGGUCAGGUGACAUGUCAAGGUCACAGGGCCGGGAAGUCGCAGAGCUGGGUGUCCAGUUCCAGAGUUCGUGCUCCUAACCUUACGUCAGGUGCCUCUUCGAAAUGGGGAGAAGUAUCAUUCCUACCUCAAAAAGUUACUGAGAAGGCCAAAUGAGAUGAUGUAUGUAAGAGUUCAUUGUAUGUUGCAUGGUGUUUUGCAAAUACUGACUAUUAUUAGUUAAUAAUAAUUAAGCCUCACCCUGGAGAUGGAUAAGGUUCUCAAGGGUGUAGGGAGAAAGGAACGGAUCGAGGCCUGAGCCGUGGGCGAUGUCUGUGCCGAGGGGCGAGAGCUCGGGUCUGGGGCAUCUGACAGCCGCACUGUAGGCACCCGUGCGGUGCGGCCCCUGGCAGGAAGGAGAAGCCCAGGUGACCGCAGGCAGAGCUGAGGGCUCAGUCCUGCUGUGAAGAGGGAUGCCCUGUGCUGACGGCAGGGAGGUGGGGUCCCAGUGUCGGCGCAGACCCCAGGACGUCCCAGCAUCAGUCCGGACCCUCUUCAGCCGCCAGCGAUGGAAACCAAGGCACGUCAGCCUACAUGACGGGAACGCCCGGCUCGUGCGUGGAGCUGAGGAGGAGGAGGUCCCGGAUCGCAGGUCACCCCAGCAGCACUGUGACUGGCUGUCCAGCAUGCUCUGCCCAGCCCACGCCGAGGCACACUGACCAUGAGCCUCAACUCCUCCCUCGAACCCAGGAAGGAGCUGAGCGACCUCACGGAGGAGUGGGGAGGGCCAGGCGGCAGCGGCGUCACUGAGUCCGUCGCCAUCAUCGUCAUCGCCGCCUUUGUCUGCCUGGGCAACCUGCUCGUCGUGGUCACCUUGUACAGGAAGUCCUACCUCCUCACGCUCAGCAACAAGUUCGUCUUCAGCCUGACGCUGUCCAACUUCCUGCUGUCCGUGCUGGUGCUGCCUUUCGUGGCGACCAGCUCCGUGCGCAGGGAGUGGGUCUUCGGUGUGGUCUGGUGCAGCUUCUCUGGGCUCCUCUACCUGCUCAUCAGCUCGGCCAGCAUGCUCACCCUCGGGGUCAUCGCCGUCGACCGCUACUAUGCUGUGCUGUACCCCAUGGUGUACCCCAUGAAGAUCACGGGGAACAGAGCCGUGGUGGCACUUGUCUACAUCUGGCUCCACUCCCUCGUCGGCUGCCUGCCACCUCUGUUCGGCUGGUCAUCGGUGGAGUUUGAUGAGUUCAAGUGGAUGUGUGUGGCUGCGUGGCACCGGGAGCCCGGCUACACCGCCUUCUGGCAGGUCUGGUGCGCCCUGCUCCCCUUCCUGCUCAUGCUCGUGUGCUACGGCUUCAUCUUCCGCGUGGCCAGGCUCAAGGCCCGCAAAGUGCACUGUGGCACCGUGGUCGCUGCGGAGGAGGACGCCCAGCACGGCGGGAGGAAGAACUCCAGCGCCUCCACCUCGUCCUCGGGCAGUAGGAGGCAUGCCUUCCAGGGUGUGGUCUACUCGGCCAACCAGUGCAAAGCCCUCACCACCAUCCUGGUGGUCAUCGGCGCCUUCACGCUCACCUGGGGCCCCUACAUGGUCGUCAUCACCUCCGAGGCCCUCUGGGGGGAGAACUGUGUCUCCCCGGCCCUGGAGACCUGGGCCACGUGGCUGUCCUUCACCAGCGCCAUAUGCCACCCCCUGAUCUAUGGGCUCUGGAACAAGACGGUUCGCAAGGAGCUCCUGGGCAUGUGCUUCGGGGAUCGGUAUUACCGGGAGCCGUUUGUGCAACGGCAGAGGACUUCCCGGCUCCUCAGCAUUUCCAACAGGAUCACAGACCUGGGCCUGUCCCCACACCUCACGGCGCUCAUGGCCGGCAGGCAGCCUCUGGGGAACAGCAGCAGCACCGGGGACACGGGCUUCAGCUGCUCACAGGACUCAGGAACGGACAUGAUGAUGCUGGAAGAUUACACGUCGGAGGACAACCCUCCCUCCCACGGUACCUGCCCACACAAGAGGAGGAGCUCGGUGACAUUCGAGGAUGAAGUGGAACGUCUCAGAGAGGCUGCCAAGAACCCCGUUCUCCACGUGAAGGCUGAAGUGCACGAGUCCCUGGACAGCUACGCAGCCAGCUUGGCCAGAGUCAUAGAGGCUGAAGCCAAAGUCAGCCUGUUUGGGGAGGAGGCUUUACCUGGUGUCCUGAUGGCAGCGCAAACUGUCCCUGGGGCCAGCCUUGGGGGCCGCCGAGGCAGCAGGACACUUGCGAGCCGCCAGAGGCUGCAGAGCAUCGAGGAAGGGAACAUUUUAGCUGCAGACCAGAGAUGAGGGCCUGGGAGCGUGAGCAGGGGGCGUCCGGUGCACACAGAAUACAGGGUCUGUGGUCAGUGACUUCGGUGUCCUGAGACCACAUGGACUUCCCAUAGGUCCCAGUGGUGGGACAGAGGCAUCAAAAGCACAGUGAAGA